AUGUCUGAAAAGGACGUUGAGACUGCGCCCAAGGGCACAGAGCCGACCGGCGCAGGCGUCAAGUCUGAGCUCCCAGGCUACGACGAUAAUGGCCUCGGCCAGCAUGAGACGCGCAACAUUGCCGACUCGGUCCGCCAGGAGGACUUCAUGACGCGCAACGGCCUGAACCUCAAGUCGUUCCAGAAGCGCGAGUAUGGCAAGGGCAUCGUCGAGCUCGACCGCAGCAUGCGCGGUCGCCACCUGCAGAUGAUUGCUAUCGGUGGUUCCAUUGGUGCUGGUUUCUUCGUCGGCUCUGGCAGCGCUUUCUACAAGGGCGGCCCUGGUUCUGUCUUGAUCGACUUCAUGAUCAUCGGCAUCAUGAUGUUCAACGUCGUCUACGCUCUUGGUGAGCUGGCUUGCAUGUUCCCUGUCUCUGGUGGCUUCUACACGUACUCGGUCCGCUUCAUUGACCCCACCUGGGGCUUCGCCAUGGGCUGGAACUACGUUAUGCAAUGGGCUGUCGUCCUUCCGCUUGAACUUACGGUCUGUGGUCUCACUGUCGGGUAUUGGAAUCCUGAUAUAUCAGUCGCCGUAUGGAUCACUGUAUUCUUGGUCACCAUUGUCAUCGUCAACAUCUUUGGCACGCUCGGAUACGCAGAAGAGGAGUUCUGGGCGUCUGUGAUCAAGCUGAUUGCCAUUGUCGUCUUCAUGAUUAUUGCCUUCGUUCUUGUCCUCGGUGGUGGCCCCAGCAACGGCCAGUACAACCACUACUGGGGCGCUCGCCUCUGGUACGAGCCCGGUGCUUUCAAGAACGGGUUCCGUGGAUUCUGCGCCAUCUUCGUGACGGCUGCCUUCUCCUUCAGCGGUACUGAGCUUGUCGGUCUCGCGGCUGCCGAGGCGCGCAACCCCGUCAAAUCGCUCCCCGGUGCCAUCAAGCAGGUGUUCUGGCGUAUCACCCUCUUCUACAUUCUGGGUCUCUUCUUCGUCGGUCUGCUUAUCAACUCCAACGAUGAUGCUCUCCUCGGUGCCAACCCGUAUGCCGAUGUUCACGCCUCUCCCUUCGUCUUGGUUGGUAAAUACGCCGGCCUGAAGGGUUUCGACUCGUUCAUGAACGUCAUCAUUCUCAUCUCUGUCCUGUCGAUCGGUGUGUCCGCCGUGUACGGUGGUUCCCGUACCCUCACUGCCCUCGCCCAGCAGGGUUACGCUCCCAAGAUCUUCACCUAUGUCGAUCGCUCGGGUCGCCCGCUGUUUUCCGUGAUCAUCCUGCUGCUGUUUGGAUGCCUCGGCUAUGUCAACGUCAACAACAACGGUCCCGAGGUGUUCGACUGGCUCCAGGCUCUGUCUGGUCUGGCCGCUCUCUUCACCUGGGGCUCCAUCUGCCUGGCCCAUAUCCGCUUCCGCUCUGCCUGGAAGUACCACGGCCACACCCUCGAUGAGCUCCCCUUCCGCGCCAUCUUUGGUGUUUGGGGCUCUUGGGUUGGACUGAUUCUGUGUGUUCUGGUGCUCCUCGCCAGUCUCUUCACCGCCAUCGCCCCGGCUGCCGGCGGCGUCAACGACGCCAAGGGCUUCUUCAAGCAGUACCUGGCGCUGCCCGUCGUCAUCUUCUUCUACAUCUGCGGCUACAUCUGGAAGCGCCAGGGCUGGGUCAAGAUUGCCGACAUCGACGUCGACACGGGCCGCCGCGAGCUGCCGUGGGACGAGAUCAACGCCUACCGCGCGGAGCAGGCUGCCAUGCCUCCCUUGAAGAGGUGGUUCCACCACGUCUUUGUCUAA